AUGAAGCUUGAUGAUACUAAGCUGGUUAUUUGGGUCAAAUCUGCAUUUUAUAAGGAAUCUGGACUUCAGUUUGAGAAUAAUUGUGAAGUUGGAGUCUUCUCAAAACUUACCAAUGCCUAUUGUUUGGUUGCUAUUGGAGGUUCCGAAAACUUCUACAGUGCAUUUGAGAGUGAGUUAGCAGAUGUUAUCCCUGUGGUCAAGACCUCCAUUGGUGGCACCCGUAUUGUUGGUCGGCUUUGCGUUGGAAACAAGAAUGGCCUUCUCUUGCCUCAUACCACAACAGACCAAGAGCUUCAACAUUUGAGAAACAGUCUACCUGAUCAAGUUGUUGUUCAGCGUAUAGAAGAAAGAUUAUCCGCACUGGGAAAUUGUAUAGCAUGUAAUGACCAUGUGGCCCUCACCCAUACUGAUCUUGACAAGGAAACUGAGGAGAUGAUUGCUGAUGUUCUUGGAGUAGAAGUUUUCAGGCAAACUAUUGCUGGUAAUAUUCUUGUUGGCAGUUUCUGUGCAUUCUCCAACAGGGGCGGUUUGGUCCACCCUCAUACUUCCAUCGAAGACUUGGAUGAACUUUCUACUCUUCUUCAGGUUCCUUUGGUUGCUGGGACUGUCAAUCGUGGUAGUGAAGUUAUAGCUGCCGGCAUGACAGUAAAUGAUUGGACAGCAUUUUGUGGUUCAGACACCACAGCAACAGAGCUUUCUGUGAUCGAGAGUGUUUUCAAGCUGAGAGAAGCCCAACCCAGUGCCAUUGUCGAUGAGAUGAGGAAAUCACUCGUGGAUACUUACGUCUAA